AUGCCCAUUGUGUUGAAGAUUCAUAAACAGGCAACUAUCAAGCAUUUGAAGAAUGAAGCGAGUGCAGCUAGUGCAAAGCAUGUCGAUGUCAAGUUGAAGUUUUUGAAGGACUUCGCGGAAAAAGAAUGGUUGAACCAGAGGGAUGUGGCAAGCGAAGAUAUGGUUGCAGAUUUGCUGACGAAGGCUUUACAUGCGCCAAGAAUUGUGGAACUUCAAACGAAAAUUGGUUGGAAUGAGUGGUUGAUUCUAUCGGAACAUGGAGACAUCUUGAUGUCAAUGAAGACUCCGCGUGGAGUCAAGAAAGGUGUACCCAUUGGCGUGUGGCAUAUUCCCAAACUUUCGCGAGAUCUGUUUUCGGUUGGCCAUUUAACCAAGGACCCGCCGUGA